AUGUAAUUUCCUGGAGUACCAGAGCCGCAGUGAUUUCUUCCGGGUUCCUCUCAGUUUGUUUUGUUAGGUUAUCAGCGGACAGCUCAACAUGACAGAAAAUCACACUCUGCGGCUGUAGCUAACUUUACCGUUUUUCUCCAACUUAUAUGACGGAAAAAAAGAUGUCUUCUAAGAUUUUAUCUACCGGUUUAAAGGCGGAAAAGUGACUACAUCGUAAUUUCAUCCUGACCUGAGACACCUGUUGCUCCAGUUUCGACAGACAGGUGCUACUUUUCUUCGUGUCAAACAGGGAGCAGCUCCAGGUCGAGAGACUACCGAAAUUUGGAUUAAUUCCUUAACUAAAAACAUUUGAAUUUACAGCUACAAUGAAAGUUACAGUAACUUUCGGGGACACCGCAGUGGUGGUUCCCUGUAAAGCUGGAUGGACCGUCCGGGAUUUAAUGGACCAAGCCACGCGGAGAUACCGCAGGAUAUUGGAGCAGGUAAAUACGCCUAAAACCGUCACAUACUUCAUUCCCUCGCAUGAGGGGAGCGUAUUGAAGACCCACCACUUGGAGUACAUUGAAGGAGGGAUCCUGGACAUGGACGACAUGCUGAGUGAUCUAGUGGAAGAUAGAGACAAGCUGGUGGCAGUGUUGGACGAAGUCCAGCGGCGGAGGACAGACAGUCCCAGAGAGAGCAUGUCCAAUGGGUACUCCGCCCCCAGCCCUGAACCCCACCACUACUAUCCUCACCAGCAGUACCAGGAGCCAAUCAGAGGGGAGAUUGAAGUCAACGAGGCCAUCCUCAGAGGCAACACACAUCUCUUGGUGAGAAGCAACAGUGACUCGGUUUUGCCCCCGCCCCAUGAGAUGACAGCCACGCCCCCACCGGAUGACCAUAGCAACAGGUCUCCUGAACCGGAAGUCAACCAUACACCGAAAGGAGCUUUGGACCAACUGCACACAGACGACCCCUCUGCCAAGAUGAGCCAAGUUAACUUCAGCACCCUGACGAGGACAGUGGAGUUUCCAGGUAACUGGGGCCCCCUGGGUAUCCAUGUGGUCCCCUACUGCUCCUCUCUCAGUGGACGGACCCUCGGCCUCCACAUUAAAGGCAUAGAGGAAAACAGUCACGCCAAGAGAGAGAAUAUCUUCCAGGAGGAUGAGUCUAUCGUCCAAAUCAACGGCACACCACUCCAGGACAAGACCUUCGCACAGUCUCAGGAAGUGUUCCGCCAGGCAAUGAGCUCCUCUUCCGUGCGUCUGGAGGUCCUCCCUGCGUCCCACAAGCCGCGCUACGAGAAGAGCCUGAUAGGUCAGCUUUUCUCUGCCGAUGGCAAAGACUCCUCUGCAAAAGCAAAGAGUCCGAAGGUGGUCCGCGCUAAAACCGACUCCCAACCAGAACCCAAACAAGAUAUCAAACUAAACACCAAACUAGAAGUGAGGCGACCAGACGUGCGUGCCAAGACCCCAGAGCCAGCUGCCGUAAACCCGCCGCCAGUGGAGCUCCAGACUGGGCAUGGCUCCUUGCAGAGAGGCUCUCCCACACCUGCAGGCAGGGCAGCGAGCUCCUCCCCGACACCCAGGACCAACAGCCAGAGUCCCCUGGUCAGUAAGAGCCCUGUUCUGCCCGGCCUGGCCAACCUCACCAGCAGGAAGGGCGGCAAGAGAUUAAAAAUUGACCUGAAGAAAGGCACAGAGGGUCUGGGCUUCACCGUGGUAACCCGGGACUCCUCGGUCCACGGGCCAGGGCCAAUCCUGGUGAAGAACAUCCUGUCGCGAGGCGCAGCAGUCAAAGAUGGCCGCCUGCAGCCUGGAGACCGCAUCCUGGAGGUGAACGGAGUAGACAUGACAGGCCGUAGCCAGGAGGAACUCGUGGCCAUGCUGCGCAGCACCAAGCAGGGAGAGAGUGUGUGUGUGGUGGUGGCGCGGCAGGAGGACAUCUUCCUGCCUCGGGAACUGAAAGGUGAAGAGGUUGGCAGUUUGGUGAUGGAGGACGGCAGGGAGCAGCUGAUGUACGAGAUCCCCCUCAAUGAAUCGGGUUCGGCCGGCCUUGGGGUCAGCCUGAAGGGCAACAAGUCCAGAGAGACCGGAGAGGACCUGGGCAUCUUCAUCAAGUCCAUCAUCCAUGGAGGGGCCGCCUACAAGGAUGGUCGGUUGAGCGUAAAUGACCAGCUGAUAGCAGUAAACGGUGAGUCGCUGCUUGGACGCUCCAACCACGCUGCCAUGGAUACGCUGAGGCGAUCCAUGUCGUCAGAGGGAAACGCCAGAGGCACCAUCCAGCUCGUAGUGCUCCGACCACCCAGACAGGUACAGCAGAUGGGCAGUGCCAACCCUGCACCAAGCAAAGCUACAAAUGGGUCCGCCACCCAUCAACCGAAUGCCCAAACGGGCUCCAGCAAUCAGGAGCCUUGGGGCCACAAUGCAUACCAAGGGCCGUCAGGACCCUCUAGACAUCCAAACACAGAGCCCACCAUGAACGGGGCAAGUCACACUCCAAUGACGACCAACAACUUUGCGUACAGCAACUCUGGAAGUGCUCCGCAUCCCGCUGCGACCGCCAAUGGCAGCUACGGUCACUACGGCAACAAUGACGAGGAGUUGGAGGAAAGCUUCCCCCCGCCACCCUCUCCCGGCGCUGUGGAGGAAAUGAAUAGAGACUUACCACUAACUCCCCUACGCCACAAGUACCCCCAACAAAACACACACAUAAUCGAGUUUCAGAAGCUGCCCCACAUGGCUGCAGCUUUCUAUGCAGACAGCCAACUGGCCAAUGACAAGGACAACAUACCUCGCAACAGAGCAUCCAAGAGCAUGGACCUUGUGGCUGAUGAGAGCAACAUGGGAUCACUGGUCGGGCAGAGGAAUGAGCCUUCAGCUGGUGGAUUGCUGGGCCCGACCCUGGGCCUCUGGAAGUCCAGCUCCCUGGAGAGUCUCCAGACGGCCGUGUCGGAGGCCAAGCAGAGUCUCAUCCAAGCCCAGGUCCCCUUUCACCGCCCGCGGCCGCACAUGGUCCGGGGGCGGGGGGGCAACCAGAGUUUCCGCAUCGCCAUCGACAAAUCCUACGAUGGACCUUCUGAAGAUGACGACGACCUGUCAGAGCAGAGCUCCGGUCAUGAAACACCCGUCAGCAGCUCCUCUCGCCAUGGCCUGGACGCAGAGGACGGGAAGAAGAAGAAGAAGAAAACCAAAGGGAAGAAGAAAGAGAAAAAGAGCAAAGGGAAGAAGAAAACAGAUGAUUCUGUGGAGGAUCUGGACAAGAAGACCAAAAAGAAAGGAUUUGGCCUCUUAAGGUUUGGUAAGAAGAAAGAUGACAAGAGCAAAGAUGCUGCCAAAGCCUCCAAAGGCAAACUGGAGGCCCUAAGUGAAGAGGAGCUGGACAGGAUCCCUGACAACAGAGAUGGCUACAAUCCACGUUACACCGAGAUCCACUCUGGCCACGUCACCCCCGACCCAGCCUCCCUUCCUGACGUGGAAGAUGACGACAGCGACCCCAAUUACGCCCGCAUCAACAACUUCCGCCAGCCGCCCUCGCCGCAGUCAUUUAUCAGCCGCACGCCCUCCCCUGCGGCGCUGACAGGGGGGGCUAAUCUGCCUCAGACCUCCUUCGAGGAGCUGGAUGGGCUCUACGCCAAAGUCAACAAGUCCAGACCCCCGCCUGCUCUACAGAAUAAGCAUCAAACACAGGCAGACAGUGAUCCGCGCCUCCAGGGCUUGCGUAGGGAGUACCAGCAGGGCCGAGCCGCUCCAGGCUACGAAGUUCUCGACACCGCACGACGCCGAGUCCUGGAGCAUGACCCCAACCGGAUGGCACCCAGAGGAGCUGAAUUUCGACCUGUGCAUCGCCAUGAAGAAGUGGACCCACAGUACCACACACACCCCAGGAGGGAUCCAUAUGAUUAUCCCACCCACUCCAAAUCCAUGCCAAGAGAGUCAGCCCCCUACCCUGGCCACUACCAUGACCCUCCUGUUUCCAGCCACCCCAGCCGUGUGCCGCUCCCCCAGACGGGCACACAAUCCCAUGAGGCGCCCAGCAACCCGCGCUACUACCCCUCGUCUCCCCGCACAGGACAGCAGCACCGUGCAGCAGUAAGGCAGGACGUUCCCCCUUCACCCACCGCAGGCCGCAGAGGGCGGCACUACUACGAAGCCGUUGGAGGGCGAGGCGACGGCUACCGGCAGGCCAGCCCCAGCAAAUACACCAGCCCAGAGCGCUACGACUAUGGAGACGAAAAACAACCUGACCCAAGACGGAAGAACCCCAUGAUAGGUGCAGUGUAAAAGGUGGUCUUGAGUGACAGACCCCUCUCAUCUAGUUGAGUCAGUCAUACAAAGAAUAUAAACUCCAAAAUUCAUGUGUUUCCAGAUUUGUGAAACAUAAUAUCAGCUGUCACCUUGGUUGCCAAUGUGGAUAAGUGAGAUUUUGCCAUAUUAAUUUAUCUGAUCAGGAACCCUGAAAGCAAUAAGUGACAAGCUGAGAGGCUAAAAUGAGGCUUAUUUUCAGAACCAUCUGGUCAUAACUGUCUCCGCAGGCCAAGACAGAUUUAACAGCGUUAAGGACUCAUAUGUGUGUGUACAUAUAUACAUGUCUGCAAUUGCUUGUGUAUAUUUACAAGUGUGCCAAUGUUUAUAAGAACAGGAUCUUUGACAUAGAUUUUAUAUUGUAGAAUUGAAAUUAAAUUAGGGGCAAUUAAAUUAAUAACAGAUAUAUAGAGUAAACUUAGUAUAUGUUGUAUAGAAUCUACUCUAUUCCAGCAAACAGGGCAUGAAGGCAGUGCUUACUUGCAUUUUGCACAAGCUGAUCAAACUGAAGGAAAUAAAGAGGGAUCACCUUGACCAGCCGGACCGCUAUAAGAGAAGAGACACAGGAAGUUGAAGCGGACAAACAGGAAAAGGAAGCAACUCCCUUCAAAGUAUCUUCUUGUCCUUGAUGUUUUGUCGCUUGGACUUCCUUUACAUCCUGCUGUCACACUUUGUUUUUUUUUUGUAUUUUUGCCUUUCAUUAUUUGGAUGUGGACAUGGCUGAUACAUUUACCGUACAUUUGUUAAACGUAUAAAUGCAAUGCAAAUGAGUUUAUUUGUGAUAUUUUUGUGGUGUUUCUAAUAAAAUGUAUAAAUCUUGAUCCACACGCAAGCAACAGACUAUAAAAGUAAGCUGUGUGACUCCUCAUACACUGUGCAGCUAAUAAAUUGCUUAAUUAAACAUUUUAGCCUUUAACAUAUCAUUGCUAAAUUUGCACUGAAAACUCACUAAAUGUGUCAAUGGUGGUUUGAUUCAAACGCACUCAAAUAAAUGCAUGAUUUUUUAUACAAAUAUUUUGCAUUAAAUAUUUUGAAAUUC